UAUCUCCCUUAAAACGUGAAAAAUUUUGGGAAGUAAACUGAGAAGAUGUCUUUACAACCAACAUUUACUGUUCGAAUUCGUACAGAACAAGAACAAGAUAUGGAUUGGAUGGUGCAACCCGAUCAGAUCACAUUUAAUCAGGCUUUAGAAGUGAUAUCAAGAGUACUACCUCAAGCCACGAUAACAGCAUUUGAAUAUGAAGAUGAAGAUGGGGACAGAAUAACAGUAAGAAGUGAUGAAGAGAUGAAGUCUAUGUUCCAAACCUAUUUUAACUUACUAAGUGAUGAAGACUAUGCAAGAGGAUUAUUACCCCCCCUUAUCAUAUACCCUAGAGUUGGAAAAACACCACAGAACAGAAACAAGUUUGGUUUAAAAAUUAAAACAGAUAAACAGUCAAUAUCCAAAUCAUCAAAACCUGUACUAAUGAUUUCAGACAUUCAGAAAAAUAACAAUCCUAAAAAGAAUUGUCAAUCGAUGGACUGUGGUGACAGUGAUACAGGACGUCCUCCUGGUCAGCCAUUACAUCCAGCCUCAGUCACACAUUUCGAUUCAGGACAACCAACCGGGCAGUUUUCUCAGCCGACUAAGGUUGGACACCAGCCUUUUAAUAUGAGACAGAACUUGCAUCCUACAGAAAUGGGACAUAAUCCUACAAACACAGGACAAGCCUUGUAUCCUACUGGUAUAGGACAAGGCUUACAUCCUGCAGAAGUCCGUUCUCAACCUACUAAUCCUACAGGAAUGGAACAUAAGUUGAUCAGGACAUCUAGUGAUCUGAGACAGCUGUUAGCUACACAAGUCAUUUCAGAAGAAGAUCUACAAAUUUUAAAUUUAAUUGGUAAAGGCAAUGUAGGCUGUGUCUACAGAGCAUUACAUAAACCUACUCAAGCAAUAAUGGCCGUAAAGGUAAUGCUGCUUGAUGUUUCAACUGAAGAACAAAGUAGUAUAUUGUCUGAAUUAGAUAUUUUAAACAAAUGUAAUUCUCCUGUGAUAAUUGGCUUUUAUAAAGCUUUCUUUGUUGAAAACAGAAUUUCUAUUUGUACAGAAUUUAUGGAUGGUGGAUCUUUAGAUAAGUAUGGCCUGAUUCCUGAGCAUAUAUUAGGAAGAAUGGCUGUGUCUAUGGUAGAAGGUUUAUGUUACAUGUGGGCUUUAAAAAUUCUACACAGAGAUAUCAAACCUUCCAAUGUUCUAGUCAAUACCCAGGGUCAGGUCAAACUCUGUGAUUUUGGUGUCAGUGUUCAGCUUGUAAAGUCAAUAGCUAAAACCUAUAUAGGAACUAAUGCAUAUAUGGCUCCAGAGAGAAUAAGGGGAGAGGUAUAUAGUCAUCCUGCAGAAGUUUGGAGCUUUGGUAUAACUUUAUUUGAGCUGGUUCAAGGAAGAUUUCCAUAUGAUAAUAUGGCUGUUUACAAUUCACCUAUGGCAUUACUUAACAGAAUAACUAGUGAACCUACUCCAAGACUACCUGAAAAUGAAUAUUCACCUGAUUUCAUUGAUUUUGUAUCAAGAUGUAUGCAGCCAAUUCCAAGUCACAGAUUAAAGAUGGAAGAAUUGUCUCUUCACAGUUUUAUACAAAGACACAAUGACGGGAACCUAGCCGUAACAGCUGCCUGGAUACAAGCCAAUCUUGCCCAAAGACAAUCUAUAUCAUAGCAUAUUAUAUGUAUUGUUUAUAAACUAUACAAAAGCCCAAAAGCUGUGAUAGAAGCAUUAUAUAAACCAGUCAAGGAAACUUAAAGUCAUGUUGACAUAAUUAUCCUCUGUGUUGAUCCACGAUUUACAUUUUGCCAAGUGC